UAGACUUAACAGGAAAUGACCUUUCCCAGCGCCGCUCCACGCUUGGUGUCACUUCGUUUAGCACGUGACUGCCGACUUGAUAAAGAGUGUUUACCAACUCGCUGUUUUCAUUCCUCUGUCAUGCUGAGCCCGAUGAAGUCGAGUAGCCUUGUGGUAGUUGUGUUGAUGGUGUUUUUUCCCGACCCAGUACCAGCUCCACUACACGCGUCUUGCAAUGUUGACUGGACGUCAGGCAGGAAAUGUUCUUCAGUGGUCGACAGUCUUGUUAAACAGAUACAGGCAUGGAGCGGACGGAAGAACUGUCCAAAUCGCGACAACGAAAAAUGCCUUUACACGCUUGGUGUCAACACGACGUCCAUGAUAACGGCCAGGCACGAAACUCCCACCAAGGGAUAUGUGGACGACUUAAAGUUUGACUUCACACAAGACAACACAAUAUGUAAAAUCCACGGUUACAGCACAUCUCGAACAUGGUAUGCCGUUUUGGACUAUGGGACAAACUACUGUAACCUCUUUAACCUGAUACAAGGAAUUGGUCUCGACAAAUCUGCUAAUUACACUGAAACUACAAAUGACAGCAUUUGCACCCAACAUUCCACGGCAAACUGUGAUAAAUACUAAUUGAAUAAAAGGUGGUUUUUUCAGCAUUCUACUUGACGUUUCUUUAAAUUUAUUUAUAAAUGGAUAAUGAAACUCACCAAUAUUGUUUUUGUCAAUUAACAUACUUGUUCUUUGUUCUCUGGUAUCUUGUCACUGAAUAUAGAUACCCAAUUGAAACCUAAUGACUUGUUAAGGCUGGUGUCAAAAGAAAACUUUUAACUGUUAUUUAUUCACUGUAUCUCAAUGUGUGUAGUUGUAUAAACAUUAUUGGUUAUAUAUCGGAUUAUUUUGCCAACAAUUUGGGUUUAAUGCAAGGCGAAGUGUUAUCACCUAUUUUAUUUUAUUUGUUUAUUAAUUACCUUUAUACAAAACGGUUGUUUAUCAUAUGAAUGUAAGAUAUUACUCUAUUCUUAUUGUUGUAUGCAGAUGAUUUGGUAAUAUUUUCUGAGUCUGUUGAUGGUUUACAGCAAAUGUUGGACUGCUUAUAUGAAUAUUCAAAUCAAUGGGGUAUAGAAGUUAACUUAGAAAAGUCAAAAGUAAUGAUUUUUAGAAAUGCUGGAAAAAUUAAAAAUGGGGAAAAGUGGUUUUAUAACCAUAAAGUUUAAGAAAUAGUUGAUAAAUUCCCCUAUUUGUGUUUCAUUUUGCAUUACAAUAACAAAUUCACAGUUGCUGAAAAACAUCUAGCAGAUCAAGGAAGAAAAGCAACGUUUGCAUUGUGUUCCAAUACAAAAUCUUUAUACUUAAAUACUGAAACUUUGAUAUCAUUGUUCGACUGUUAUAUCACUACUAUUAUGUUAUGCCUCUGAGGUUUGGGGUUUCCACAAAGGGAACACAAUAGAAAAGAAAAUUUGAGAAAUAGCUGUAUUUAAUAGUUUCUAUUAUGCACUCUCCACAGCUCGUAUAAUAUAAUUAUAUCAAUUUAUGUACAUCACCACUGUUUACCUGUAUGUAUAUAUCAUUAUUCUGUACUGAUAAAAGCUCAAGUUAAUAAAGAAAUUGAAAAUUGAAAUUGACUAAUGUUGAGAAGGGUAAUGGAGAUACAGGUUGAGCACAGUCAACGAGAAGUCGCGAGGCACUUUAAUGUCAAUCAGAGUGUGAUUGGGUGUGGAUGAGGCAACUAUUUAAAUGAAUGGAUCCGUUUCCUAUGCACAAAGACCAGGGCAGCAUCAUACAGAAUUUUAAACAUGGGUGCGUUGAGACAACCCAUUUGUUAGGGUGAUAGUAGGUACAUGUGUUUGCAUAACUUUUACCAUUUUGUUGUGGCCUAUAACCGGAAGUACCAUUACUCAUAUUGAAAUCCAAAUGCUACUGAAAAUAAAAUAGUUAACAACUCGACAAAUAAAAUAUCAAAUACA